AUGGACCUCGCGGGGGGCGUUCGCGACGCGGAGACGGACCACGCGUGCGCGCACUUGGGGAAGGCGAUCGGCGUCGCGAAUUUACUGCGCGGGACGCACGCGCACUCGAAGCAGAGACGGAGUUACAUCCCGGUCGACCUCUGCGCGAAGCACGGCGUCAGCACCGAGGACGUGUACCGCGGGAACAGCACGGAGGCGCUGAGGAACGCGGUGCACGAGGUGGCGUCCGCGGCGAUGGCGCAUCUGAACACCGCGCGAGGGAUGCGCGAGCGGAUCGCGGCGAAGUGUUCGAGGCGCGUUCUUUCUAUCUCACGCCGGGAAGACGCGGCGACGGCGGCGGCGGUGUUGCUUCCCGCGGUGGGCACGGGGGCGUAUCUGGACGCGCUGGAGAAGAGGGACUUCGACGUGUUCGACCCUGGGUUGAUACGAGGGACGAUGCCGCUCGUGACGCAGGCGAGGAUAGGCUGGAACGCGUACAGGGGGACGUACUGA